AUGAAUACUUCUCAAUUUCAAGUGACCAUCAUAAUUUUGGCACUUUGCAUCUUAAAAGUCAACACACAGGAUACCUUUAUUGCAGCGGUUUAUGAGCAUGUGGUGGUAUUGCCCAAUGAAACUCUCAGACCAGUAUCCCAUGAAGAGGCCUUGGCGUUAAUGAACCAAAAUAUGGAUCGUUUGGAGGGAGCAAUCACAUCUGCAGCCACUCAGGGUGCGAAGAUCAUUGUGACUCCUGAGGAUGGCAUUUACGGUACAAGAUUCAACAGGGAAUCCAUCUACCCGUACCUGGAGGAUAUUCCUGAUCCUCAAGUGGACUGGAUCCCCUGUAAUAAUCCCAGAAGAUUUGGCCGUACCCCAGUACAAGAAAGACUCAGCUGCCUGGCCAAGAACAACUCUAUUUAUGUUGUGGCAAAUAUUGGAGAUAAAAAGACAUGCAAUACCAGCGAUCCUCAGUGCCCCCCUGAUGGUCGUUACCAAUACAACACUAAUGUGGUAUUUGAUUCUCAGGGUAAGCUGGUGGCACGCUACCAUAAGCAAAACCUUUUCAUGGGUGAAGAUCAAUUCAAUACACCUAAGAAGGCUGAAAUUGUGACUUUCAACACUUCCUUUGGAAAAUUUGGUAUUUUCACAUGCUUCGAUAUUCUCUUUCAUGAUCCUGCUGUUACUCUGGUAAAAGAUUUCCACGUGGACACCAUUGUCUUCCCAACAGCUUGGAUGAAUGUUUUGCCACACUUGACAGCUAUUGAAUUUCACUCAGCUUGGGCAAUGGGCAUGGGGGUGAAUUUUCUUGCCUCAAAUUUACAUAAUCCCUCAUGGAGAAUGACAGGAAGUGGCAUCUAUGCACCUGAUUCUCCCAAAACAUUUCAUUACGAUAUGAAGACUAAUGAAGGAAAACUCAUUUUAUCUCAACUGAAUUCCCACCCACACCGCCCAGUUGUUGAGAACUGGUCUUCCUAUGCCAGUGGUGCAAAAGUGUUUCAAAGAGUAAAUGAAGAAUUUAAAGGCACUAUCUUUUUUGAUGAAUUCACUUUUGUGAAGCUUGCAGAGAUAACAGGAAAUUACACAGUUUGUCAGAAAGAUCUCUGCUGUCAUCUCAGCUACAAGAUGUCUGAGAAAAGAUCAGAUGAAGUUUAUGUUCUAGGGGCAUUUGAUGGACUACAUACUGUGGAAGGGAGCUAUUAUUUACAGGUUUGUACUUUUCUGAAGUGUGCAACAACAGAUUUAGUCACUUGUGGCAGCUCAGUGGAAACUGCCUCCACCAGAUUUGAAAUGUUUUCCCUCAGCGGCACUUUCGGAACUCAGUAUGUCUUCCCUGAGGUUCUGCUGAGUGAAGUUAAGCUUGCACCUGGGGAAUUUCAGGUGUCACGUGACGGACGCUUGUUUAGUCUGAAGCCACUUUCUGGACCUCUGCUAACAGUGACUUUGUUUGGGAGGUUGUAUGAGAGAGAUGGGGAUGAAAUAGUUUAUAACUCAGGCACAAGCAUGAAGAGUAAUGCUUCUGGUUAUACAUUUUAUGUAUUCGUUUUAUAUCUUUUCUCUUUAAUUUUACAUGAUUAA